UCUGUGUUUUCGUGAUAUUUUUCUGUGAUUGUAGUGGAGACUGGAGUGGAGUUGCAUUAAUUUCUGUAGGUACUAGGAUUCGUAAUUCGAGCAAAGUUGUUAAAUUGUGCUGUGAAAUCUUUAGUUUAAAGACAAUGGGAGACGGACAAAGUGAAAAUCAACCACUUUUAAGGGACGAUGAGGAAAACGUGAGCACAAUCUCGCCGAUUGGGCCUGAUGAACUGCCUCCGCCGUACCAGCAAGCAGGCUUGCCGAUGGUAACAUGUCGCGUUUGCCAGGCGAUGAUAGAUAUAUCUGGCAAACGGGAACAGCAUGUUGUCAAAUGUUCAGAGUGUAAUGAAGCUACUCCGAUAAGAAAUGCACCACCAGGGAAGAAAUAUGUGCGUUGUCCCUGCAACUGCCUGCUGAUAUGCAAGUCUUCGUCUCAGCGCAUAGCAUGUCCCCGUGCGGACUGCAAGAGGAUCAUCAACCUAGCACCGUCGCCAGUAACUCCACCUGUGCCCACUGUGCCUGGCAUGUGCAGGGUUGUAUGUGCACAUUGCCAGGAUACUUUCCUAUACCAGUUGUUGAAAAAUGCACCGGUGCGCUGCCCUCAUUGCCGGAAAGUGUCUUCAGUGGGACAGCGAAUGGCUCGGGUGAGAGGAAUCAUUUUCGCGGUACUCGCGCUCAUAUUCCUCACUAUCGCCCUGGGAGUCACCCUCGGCACGCUCUCGGCAGCAAAAACUCACGGAGGAGGAAUCUACGUCGCUUACGUUGGAGCAUUUUUACUAGCAUUCGUUCUAGGCAGUCGGGCCAUAUAUUAUUUCGCGAUGAAAGUAAGUACGAUCGAGGGGCCGAUGUAAGUAUUCGAUGACGGUGUUUUGUGAUAGUGUGACUAGGAAAUAUCUCGAUUCCAUAUUGCAUUAUGUAUACACAUAUAUUAUAGGAUCUAUUAGAUAAAUUGCGUAAUAACCUUUAUAUUGUGAAAAUAGACUGUGUUAUACGUUUUUUUUGUUUCGUGACGUGAUCGAUAGGCGGGAAACACAUUCUCGGCGUGAAUAUCGAGGAUUGAUAACUUUAGAAGCAAAUUCUUUCGUAUGUGCGGCUUAGCGCAUUUACGCGCGGGACUAUGUGUACCUGUCAACAAAAGUUUAUAAAAUUGUAUAUGAAGGCAAUGUUUCGCGCGGGAAUGUUGACCCCUCUGGAAGGUUUGCUAGGACUAAUAUAAAAAAUAUUACCACCUUAACUGUUAUGAUUCGAUUUAAUAGUAAGUACCUACUAAAAAUAAGUACGCAUUCCGAAAUUUAAUUAUAUAACAUAGUAUGUUAUAUAAUAUAAGGCAUAAGGCAAGAAAAGGCAAUAACAAUCUUGAAACUAUCUGUAGGUACUAUGAACUUUUACAGGAUAGAAUAAAUAGCGCGGAGAAAAGGUGAAAACUAAUGUAUCAACGGCAAAUUAUUUAAAAUAGCACCAUUAAUUAAUAUUCUUAAUUGAUAUGUUUGUAUCUUCAUUGUCAUCGUUAGCUUAUUAGUGUCCCACAGCUGGGUACAGACCUCUCUGAUAGGAGAAAAGGAUUUAGAACUAUUUUAGUUAUAUUUGUAUGUAUUCUGUUUUUGAAUUUUAUUUUACUAUAAUUCAAUGUAAUAUCCCAUCUAUCACUUAGAUAAACAAAUAAUCUUGCGUGAACAUAACACACACUAUAUUGACAUGACACGUGUUUACCACCUCGUCAAAUUAAGAAUACGUCUAUAAACUUGUGCUUACUUUGUUCUUGUAGGUAUUGUAUUUAAGUAUUCAUUUUAUCAGGACACUUCUUGAUCGCAGUUUGUCAUUUUUAUAUAUUUUAUAUUGAUAGUAGUAAAGCUAAAAAUUAUAUAAUAUAUUGGUAAGUAAUCAAUUGAUUGUAUAUAAAACUCUUGAAUACGGUUGACUUAGGACACUGUUCCACACAUUGCCCGGACACGAGGUUCUGUUGUCAGGAUGCGGUUGUCUAACUUUCUACUCACAUUGAACUCACACUGAACUCUAUUGUUACCACUGAACCUGUGGCAAACAUAGAGCUUCUGACCAUGAUAAGAAAGUAGCAUAAAAACGGAAUUAUUUUCUAGAAACGAUUUUAAAACCCGAGCUAAAUUGUAGGCAAAUUUGAGCUUUGAACUUAUGCAGAUAAGAUUCAAUUUACUUCGAUAUUCAAGUAUUUCUAUAAGUACACUAAAACGACUCCUCGAUUCGAGCGAGCGAACAAAUCUUGUACUAAGAGACUACUGGCCACAGAUGUAUCAAUGAAGCUAGUGACCACAUCAUAGCCUUCGAAUAUCGCUUCAACAUUGACUCUACUCAAAUUAAAGCAUUGGAAUGUGAGCUUUUUGCUAUAAUUAAAUGAAUAUUUCAAAAUGUCGAAAAAAAACAUACUAUCAUUAGUCACUUGUUUAAUAAUUACAACAAAAACUAGUUACGAAAACGGUACGUAACGUAGAGGGGUGGCAGGCCUACGGGGGAUGCAAUGGAAAAGCGGGGUCCGAUUUAUCACUGAGUACUGUAAAGAGAUUAAGCAACCAAAAUUGAGUUUUGUUUACAACAAAUUGGCGUCAUUAUAAAUUAACUCCACUCGUUGUGUUAGAUGAAAUCUGUAGAAGUGUGUUGAUUCUUUUUAAAAUAUGACUAAUUAAUAACAUAUUAUAUUUGUCUUUAAUAUUUUUAAUAGAUAGAUAAGUUAAUUUUUAUUUCGUAAGCUGUUUCCAUAUAUUAUUCCAUUAUAUUUUAUUAUUGAGUCCUCUCUAUGAAACAUGAUGUCACGUAUCCAAAAUUACAUGUUUUUUUUUGAUAAAGCUUAAGCGCGUUACACAUGGUCUCGCCAAGGUUACGUACGAUGUAAAUAGAAAAUCACCAU